CACGAUUUCUCACUGGAAAGAAAAGUCCUUUACUGGGUCGAGGUAGCUUCCCAGCAGCAAACCUCCCAGCACCGGGUCACCUCCGAAGUCGUCCCCACGGCUCCGCCGUGCUGGCUGCUGCUGGUGGAUCCCACCGACAGCUGCGGGGGGAGAGCACGGGACGUGGCGGUGCGACGCUGCAUCAGCCUGAGCGCUGCGGACGAUGGCGGCUACGGGCACAGCAAGGGCAGGGGUGCCUUGUCUGACACCGAGAGCGAGACCUGGCACUCGGAGGAGGACGAGUACUCGGAGGAUGAUGAGUAUUCCUCCACUUCUUGGGAAGAGAAUGACAAGGAUGAAAAGCUUUCCAGGAGGAGAAACACCGGGAAAGGUCUGGUUCUGCAUCCCAGCUUUUACCAAACACGACCAAAGACAUCGCCCGGCUUGCUGGAGCCCUCACCGGAGAACAACAUCCUCAACCUGGCCAACCCCAGCAAGCAGAGGAGAUCCAUGGUGAUAUUUAACAACAUGAAGAACGAGCUGGAAGCGGCCAGGAGGAAGCUGGCUGCUUUGGUGCAUCCUCUGAACAGAGCUGCCGCCGACAGCGGGGGGGGCCCGGUGCCACAGCCGCUCCCCCAGCGUCCCCGCACCAGCCGUGGCAUCAAGUACGGGCCAGCCCCGGACGUGUCCCAGCUGGGGAGCUUCAUGCCGGCUCCUCCGGCUGCGGUCAUCCCCCCCAUCAGACAGCACAAGCCCACGGUGCCGUCCCUCAGCCCCUACACCUGCCUUCCUCCUGCCUCCGUGCCUGCCUCCUCGCCCACCCGACCUCUCUCUUCCCACCGAUCCCAGCCGGAUUCGGCGGCUGAUCUACUCUCGGCGCUGACCCAGGAGGAGCGAGACCUCAUCGAGCCCGUCAUCGCCUUGGGCUACCCCAUGCGCAGAGCCAUCCUCACCCUCCAGAAGACGGGGAGGCAAAGCUUAAAUCAGAUCCUGAGCUACCUGGGUGCCUGCGACCGGCUGCUGAAGCAGGGCUACGAGGAAGGGCAGGUGGAGGAGGCCAUGGAGAUGUUCCAGUACUCGGAGAACAAGGCAGCGGAAUUCCUGCGUUUGUUAGCUCAGUUUAACGAUAUGGGUUUCCAGCAAAAUGAAAUCAAAGAAGUUCUUUUGCUCUGUGGGAAUCAGCGGGAGAAGGCGCUGGAGGAGCUCAUGAUGAAAACCCACUGA